AUGGAACGAAAUUCAAUUGUAAAGGCGAUCGCAAAUAUAUUGGCUGAAAGAGGAGUUGGGAAUCUUUUACCAUUAGAAUACCCAUUAUCACCAUUAGAACAUGUCUUUCCGAAAUCAAUUAUUGUAGUACGUGAAGAUGAACCUAGUACAAUUGUGGCAGCUGCAUUAUCAUCGGAUGAUUAUAUCGGACGACUCUUUGAAAUUAGAGAACAGUACAUGAUGGACAAUAAUACGACUGAAGAAACCAAUAAUGAAAAACUGGCCACAGGUAUCGACACAUCUACUUCUGGGAUUACAUCUUCCGAUCUAUCUAUUGAACGAACUUUACGAUCGAAAUCUGGCAUUCAUAUGAAGUCUUAUUUCACGGAUGGAACAACAAAAUUCUUUUGCAAGAUCUUUUUUGCUGAACAAUUCGAUGCCUUACGAAGAAACUGUGGUUGUGAAGAAAGUUUUAUUGCAUCUUUGGCGCAAUGUGCAAAAUGGGAUUCAUCUGGUGGCAAAUCUGGUUCCACAUUUUUGAAAACAAAAGAUGGUCGGUUCUUGUUAAAACAGAUUUCAAGAUAUGAAAUGGAUGCAUUUUCGAACUUCGCUCCUUCCUAUUUCCAGUAUAUGUCUGAAGCCUUUUUCCAUGAACUACCCACUGUACUCUGUAAGAUUUUUGGAUUAUAUCGUGUUGGGUACAAGAAUAUGACCACAGGACGAUCCAUUAGAAUGGAUAUCUUGGUGAUGGAAAACUUGUUUUAUGAUCGUUGUGUUCAAAAGAUCUUUGAUUUGAAAGGAUCUAUGCGAAAUCGACAUGUUCAAGUGACAGGCAAAGAAAAUGAAGUUCUUUUAGAUGAAAACAUGGUAGAAUAUUUGUUUCAAUCACCUUUGUUUUUAUAUUCCCAUUCAAAACAAAUGCUUCGUGAAUCUCUACACAAUGAUACUCUAUUCUUAUCUCGUUUGGAUGUAAUGGAUUAUUCGUUAUUGGUGGGUAUUGAUGAAGAAAAACAAGAACUCGUAGUUGGUAUAGUUGAUUUUAUUCGUACAUUUACGUGGGAUAAGAAAUUGGAAAGUUGGGUCAAAGAUUCAGGCAUUUUCGGUGGUGGAGGCAAGGAACCAACCAUCAUCUCACCUCGACAGUAUAGAAUUCGGUUCCGGGAAGCUAUGGAUCGUUAUUUUUUGAUGGUACCUGAUUUUUGGACGACUAUCAAUAUUUGA